CGAGGACCAUUUCACUCUCUUGUUCCCUCCCAAGAGACACCUAAUUUGCCCCUGCGUGAAACACCUGGACAGAAUCUGAACUAUUUCUUUUCUCUGUUCCCCAACUUUUACUUUGCGAGAAGAUGGCAGUCGUUUUGCUACGAACUUAGGUCUUUUAAGCUUAGCAGCUUCCCUCUGCCUUAGUACUGCUUUAGCUUUCUUCAAAAUCUCAACUUGCUUACGGAGUUUUACCAUCUCCUCAUUUUGAUGUGCUUCUGUGCUAGUCGCUUUAUCAAAUUUUCUUUUUUUAGGUGACAAAGUUUCUAAUGUUGAUAGAGCUCUUUUCCUCACCUGCCUAGCUUCUUGGCGCGUUUCUCUGUCACUGGUAACCUGUAAAAUAUAAUUUGUUUAUUACAUUUAAGCAAAAUUGGACAAAAAUAUAUGUAUAUAGAAUGUCUAAAAUGAUUGUGUGCAAUUCUAAAUCAGCCCCUUAUUAUUAACAAACACUUAAGCUGUCACUCAAAGGUACCCGCCUAGUCUAUCGCAAAGUUACAAUAUUCACAUUGAAUAAAAAAAGUUUAUAAAAUUAGAAACCAAAAUAUAAUAUGUAUCUACAGAAGACUCCCGAUUAUCUGGGGUAGUGACUGUCAAGGGGUCCGCGGAUAAAAAAAUAACACAGUUAAAGCAAUGUCGAUAAAACUGCAUGGUUAAAAAAAAUUAUCUUGACUAUCCAAACAAACACUGUCUAGGGUUGUUGUACGUAAUAGGUACUAAAAUUUUAAGACGUAAUUUACAGAAAACGUUGCAGUACAUGUCACGUAAACAUAGCCGUAUUUUCCAUCGCCCUAUUUUACGUCUAGCUGUUCGAUAAUUUUUAAUUUUUGUUGAAAGUUAAAUUCCACUCAUUUCCAAUCAUUAAUGCACAUUACUCCCUUAAGAUAACUGAAAAAAAAACUGCUGCCUUGCGAUUGCUGCCUUAAACUACGCACACAGGUCCGUUCACGCUCGCGCGAGUCACGCUGCCGUCAACCUGUGGGCGGUUCAUUCUGGCGCGUGGAACACAGGCGCGCGCGGCUCACUGAGAUGCGUUUAUAAUUUGCCACAGCAGUUGCGAAGUUCAUGGCCUAACACUCACCAGUUAUGUAUGCACUAUGUUUGGCAGCAUUAUUCAUCUUGAAUCACAGCGUAAAGGCUCUCACAUAAAUAAAUAAAUAAACUAAUAAAAAAAAUUUUUUGUGUGUUUUUGGAAGUGAAAUAUUGCACGAUUAACCCGUAAACUGAAUAACUCACACCCGGACAGUCAGGAGUCUACUGUAUUUGUAAACGUUAAUAAAUAGAGCCUGGACCAAACAAUCAUAACAAUGAAAAAUACCUUUUAAUCCAAAAUAUAUAUAAAAAUUAUAAUAGAAAACGAAUAGGUGUGCAUAUCAAAGACAUAAAAAUAGCAACUAUCUAUAUGUAAAAUAAAGUUAGGGUGAAAACAAAACCAAAAUUAUUAGAAAUGACAUUUCAGCCAUUUGUUAUUUUUUAAUUUAGCUUAACUUAUAGUGUAAUUUAUAUUAAUGUUAAAUUGCUAUGGUUAUAUGCAGUAACUAACGAAAACAUCCAAACAUCCAAUUUUUUUUUUUUCAAAUGUGUUCGUGCGUGGUAUGAUAACCACUUAAAAUUCCAAGGGGGUAAAAGAUACCAGUGUUCUUUCGAAGUUUGCGUGUUAAUGUUUUAAACCAAGGAAUGUCAACCUUAAAAUUAUAUCCCUGUCUAGGCAGACCCUAUAAUAAACUAUCUAAUAUAGUUAAAAUAAUAAAUAAUGUCGCUUAUAGUAACCUUUAUUUUUAAUUAUUAGUUAGCAGUGUAAGAAUUUUUUUUCAUUGGUGUGAAUGAAUUAUUGUCAAACACUGGCAAUAAACUAAUUACAACUAUAAAUUACUAUAUUAACAACUAUAAUUUUGUACUUUUAGAUACAUACCUGUUCUGUAGUUUGGCUGGCAACAGUGCAGUCACCAGAGCUACAGCUGGGAAAUGAACUCGAAGCCUUGUCACCAUGCCAGUUUGCAAUAAACAGAGAAGGGACCGCAUUUUUUCGCAAGAUUUUUCUUUGCGGUAUUCCCAAAAGUUCAUUUCGCAAGUCUCGUUCGUAAUCAUCCGCGCGGAAAUGUACAGAACACACUCUGGCAUUUUCUGGCUUAAAUUUGUCACUUCUUUUGCAGCGCAAAACCCACACUCGCUUAAUCUCCUCACAUUUAGGAAAUCUGUGAUACACAACACCAGUAGUUUUCGAUCCCCAAUUGGUACACUGUGCCAUAGCACAACUAACUCUGUACUCAGAUUGUUUAUUCAUCUUUGUCACAUUUAGCAAGAAUAGACGGCACACUGAACUGUUAGUCAAAAUCACACCCGUUGCUGAACGUUCAACACAAGAACUGCAAGCGAAAAGCUAGUCUAGCGCCCCCAUAGUGACUUCAGCGAGACGCGAGUUUGGAGGGGGAAAGCAUGGUUGCCGGGAAGGGGCCCCGCUGCUAUGCAAUAACGACACUUUUUUUUUGUUCAGUGGUAUUUCCAGGACUUGUACCCUGCCACGACUACCUGCUAUGGGUAUAUUUAAUCCCCACUGGCAGAGGCUUUUGUUAGGUGACAUUUGUGAAAGUUGGUCGCACAGGAAUUUUGACAACGCUUCAAAAAUAGCAAUCUUUCUGCUUGCAGGUGAUUGGAAAGAGUAAACUUUUAUAUUGCUUUUAAAUCACUGGCUCAAUAUUAAGAAUAUUAUUUCUAAGCAUCUCGUAAUUUACGCAUUUAGUUUCAUUGACAUGACAUUAAAAAACGCACUGCAAAGAAUAUCCCCCAAUUUUUUUCCAUGCGAUAAAUAUUAAAAAAAAAACAACUAAAUGUAAAUGUAUACAAUAACGCCGUACCUAAUGGAUCCAAUACCGCCAUUUUUCAUUGAUAUGUAGUUCUGAUAAAAUAUAGCGAUUUUAUUCAGACUCUAUUGUCGAAUACUUAAUGCCCCUAUUCGUUUUUUAAGCAUAUAAAUACAACAAUUAGUGAUUAGAUUUGUAUCACAACAUAUUAUCUUGAUUACUACAAAAAUUAAUGCGGAGGAAAAUUUAAUUUCAAAAUUUGGUUUCAAGAAAUAAUUUCGCAGCCUUACUUUUGGAUUUGUAUGUCGUCGGUUGGAUUUUUAGUUAAGGGAUAAGUUAAUAAAUCAUUUUUAAUUGUUGAUGAAGAAUGUUUUAUUGUUAGUCAGGUCACGAUUAAAUUAAAACAUCGUUUGCUCUCAGGCAUGCAUAGAGUAAAAUGAUGAAAAAAACUUUUUAAAAAUAUAUUUUAAAUGCAAUAUACUAAAAAGUAUUAUGGUUUCUUAAUAUUUCCAUAAAAUAUAGGGUACUCAGUUUUAUCGUACUGGCAUGCGUGUACUAUGACUCUAAAAACAUGGAAUCAAGACUAACUCUAACCAAGAUAAAUUUACACCAUUUCAUUUAACUGGGCUCAAAUCAGACUCAUUACUCAGUUAAAAAACACUUUCGAACAAUUAUUUAAUACAUUAUCUUUUUUUCUCUGGCGGAAAAUGGAGCGAUACAAACCACAGGGCAACUGGUCACAGAAACAGAUCUUUAGGGUGGUACAACUUAUUCACCAGGGGUCAAAAGUAGCAACAGCUGCUAAGGAAAAUAAUGAUUUCGUAGAAAAUUACGUGACCACUGUUCCGCUAUAGUUUUUUUUUUUUUUUAAGAAACGUUAUUUCACUUACUGCUUUCGCUCCUAGCCUAUAUUCAGAAAAAUCACAACAUUCAAGUGACCUCAACCCCAUCUUAGGUGCCUCUACGGGAACUUUCCCAAUCACUUUCCAGUGUCUGUAACUGAAGAAGCCAGGCUACUUCUCUUCGCUAAACGCAAUAACGGCUGCAUAACUUAAGAAAUAUAACCUCAAAGUUUUGUGAAGAUUGGUUAAUUAGAUUUUUCACGAUGGCAAGUUUAUUUUGCCGCUGUGUACGGCUUAGCAAGCGAGGAGCUAGACCGGACUCCUCCACGUGACGUCAGCCCGACCCGGUGUUGGAGGGGGGGGAAAGCGCGGCAGCCGGGAAGAGGCCGGCCUGCCGUUUAUGAUUAAUACGACGCCGGCGAAGCAAACUCAAGUGUAAACAUAAACUUCAGCAGUCUCAAUUUUCCGUUCGGCCAUGGAAAACUGGUUGGAGAUUUCAAUUAUUGUUGAUAUCAAUUUGCCAAAGUGGCAACAUUCCCUGGCUGUAUGAUGACUUACAUAGGCCAUUGGCCCGGAGUUAAAAUGGCGGCUAUCUAGUGUUUAGUAGUAAAUAUUAUUUACUUCCAAAGCUGCCCAAAUAUUAACGUGGUCUUGUUCAUGACUGAAUCUUGAGAACAUUUUUUAAAUUCCGUUAUAGUUAAAUAAAGGUGCUGGUAGGAGUACCUGUUUGUUCUUCGAGGAAAUUGACAUAAUAAUAGGAACUCGUGCAGUCGUAGAGCCUCCAGUGCUACUAGAUUCAAUUCAGAACGAAAAUUUACCUACUGUAAAUAAUGAGGUAGUCAUUGAAAACGAACAUGAUUAUUCAGUGCUUUUAGAAGAGAGUGUGGAUACUUCACUGGAUGAGUCCACUGAAAGUCAAGUUUCAGAGCCACUCCCAUCUGAUACAAAGAAGAGAAAGCAUACUGCUACACUUGCUGCAAUGAUGGGUAAUAAUGGUUCUGCUUAAUAGUUGUAUAAUUUUCUUUGAUAGUUUACAUUAUCUACAUUCAUCUUGUUCUUUUCAUCUUACUAAAGUAAUGAAGAACUAACUUAAUUGUUUAGUUGCAUUGCUAAUUUGUGCUAACAUUUGUAUUUGUUGACCAACAUCUUUGUUCUUGCGAUUGGGCUACUGCCCUGUGGCAAAGCCUACCCCCUUCCACCAAGCCGUUAAGUUUUAGUAGUUCAUCAAGGUUUUAAUGAUUGCAUGCAAGAUGGGCUGCAAAAUGGAGAUUCCUGUAUAAUCAGGGUAUUUUAUGUUUCUUUAAAGUCAAGGAAGGUAAAAGUUCCAUAUUGCGUAUCCAAGGAUAUACCUUAAUUAUGAUGGCAUGUUAUUUAAGUAUAUUUAAUGCAGCUUUACUAACCUAAUAAUGAUUAUUUAAUAUCGCUAUACAUACUAACAUAAUAACUGUACCGGUAUCGGAGAGAAAAAUAUACCCGUUUUUGGUAUGUGCAAGAUAUUUCGACGUGCUAAAUCACAACAGAAAGCAUCAUGUACCACAGCAUCAAUAUUUACAGGAUCGUGUCCUCAGGAUCAAGUAGUCUCCUUGGAUACGCAAUACGGAACUUUUACGUUUACAUCUAGCACAUUGUAACAAGUCUGGCUGUGGCUCAUAGGAGUGAAAUGCAGUAUUCCUUGCAACAUGCUUGCACCUCACCACCAUACAGCUUUAAUGUUCACAGUACACAGCUAAGACAUACCUUACUUCCAAGACUCAAUUAUUUAUUAUUCAUAACAAAUCACAAGAAACUAAAAUAUACCUAGUCAUUCUGUAGAACUAUGUAUUCUUAAGUGAAAAUAUGAGAACGAAGCAUUCAAUUGGGAUUUGUAAAUAGUUUACGAGGAGUAUAAAGCUAAAAUUGACUACAUACACUUAGGAUAGGUUCACAAUAUGUUUAUUUUAUUGAGUAGCGGCUUCUAGGAAAUAAAAGGCUAAUGUGAUAAUUUUAAAUGAAAGGGUUGUUGGGUUGAUUCUGGUAUAGUAAUGAUAUGUACUUAAUAUGUAAUCCUUUGUAAGUAGUUAAUAUAGCUAACCUAACCCACUUUUCACUUAAGUUAUUAUUUACUUAUACCGCAAUAAGCCAAUUCACUGUACAUGUACACUAAACCAUUGUUAUGUAGCAAUACAGAAUUUUUGGAAAAAGGCUAAUUUUAAAUCCAUAAUCAUGUGAACUUUUUAUUCAUUAUAAAUACAUACAAAAAUGCAUGCAUGCAGCAUGCUGUACUUUGGUGAAAUAUGAAUUAAUGUAAUAUGGACAAGUGUCUAAAAAAUUUAUUUAUAUAAAUUAAUAUUGUGUGUUUCAAGGAAAAGGACCACAAAUGUGUUAUUUUUUAGGUGCCAAUAACUUCUACUAUUUUAAAUAAGACAAAAAAUCAUUAGCCAAAAUUUUUCAUACUUCAACUGAUUAAUUGGAUCUUAAUGUUAUUAGUCAAGAAAGAAACUACUGACAAUAAAUCUCUUAUAGGCUGUAACAACCCAGGUUAUGAAAAUGUCAAUAAACUGGAAUUUUACUUAUUUUGGCCAACUUAUUUAAUUUUCUAGUGUUUUUAUGUAUGUAUUCAUUAUUGCUUAUUUGUCUUUAUUCGUAAAAUGUAUGGUAACGUAAGUUCCCAUUUUUUCUAUAACAUGGUUAGUUGAAUAACUCCAUUCUUACGACAAGUAGAUGACACAUGUAAAAGAAUUCCUUUCACUUUAAUUUCAAAUUUUCACCUAAAACAUGCAAAAACAUUUUUUUUACAGAUAACUUUUUAACAGAGUUAAAAAACUCGGAGGAGAGGUUUGACGAAGCGGAGAGAAAGAUAUGGCAAGAAGAACGGCAACGGGAAGAAGAGUUGAGAAGAGUAAAUUUGGAGAGAGAGCGACGCCACGAAGAACGGAUGUUUGAAUUGUUGAAAAGUAUAGUGGAAAAUAAAAAAAAUAAUAUUCUGAACAGUUUGGUUUCUAUUUCCAUAGAAUUUAUUUCAAUUUUAAUAUUAACAAUACUGAAAAAUUUACCAUAAGGUUAAAAAUCUUUUUAACUGACAAUUUUUAUGUAUAGGAUGCAUCAGUACUUGCAUUAAUAUUAGAAAAUUACAGUUUAAAAAUAAACUGGUGCUUAAAGUUAUAACUCAUGCAAAAACCAUAUAAAGGAAGUAUUUUUUUUACAAACUGCAACACACUAUUUAUACUUAACCCUUUAGUCUAUACAUCCACUAGUGGUCUAUGUUAACAUUUAUUUUAUUUGUAUUCCGUUCAGCUUUUUUUUUGUAGAAACCAUAAGGCUAUGGAACAUGUCAUUUACAUAUUAACAGUUACCAAAUCAAACUAUAAUAUAAAAUGAUACAUUAAUGCACUUUUAAAUACAUUUGCAGGUAAGUGAUAGUAACAGAGCUUUUGGAAAAGGCAUUUACAAUUAACAGUUAACAGCAGACCGAGUUUAAUUUAUUUGCAAUAUUAUUUGUGUGUUCCGUAAAUUUUAAUUGCUCAUCAAUAUAUACCCCUAAGAAUUUUACUGAGUAUUGUAUCCAUUGAAUUUUAUGUUAAGCUCGUUUUCGUCCCUAUUUCUAAAUUUAAUAUUGUAGUGUAGCGAGUAAAGGUUGGCGACAGUAAAAAGAUGAACAUGGCGGACUGGGAUGCUGAUGUGGGUCAGCAAUAGUAAUGUGAAUGUUUAUGAUAUUAGUAGUGAUGUAUUUAGUAGUAAUACAGUGAAGAAAUAAAUAAACGUUACAUGGCGCAGUCGGUAGGAUGUGAAUUGGUAACGGCAACAUGACUGUGGAUCACUAGUUGACAAUCUCGGCGCGGCGUGUCACGGUGUAAAAAUGGCGAGUUCGUUUAACGUACCAGCAAAAUUGAAUUUAGAAGGGAACAUCAGUGAAAACUGGAAGAAAUUUAGACAGGCCUUCGAAAUAUAUUUGGAAGCCUCCGAUUUGAAGACGAAAAGCGAACAGAGGAAGAUAGCAAUUUUUCUAAAUAUAGUUGGUGACGAUGCACUAGAUGUGUACAAUACUUUCACCUUCACUGAUGAAGAAAAAGAAAGAACCUUGGAAAUAGUGCUGGCGAGGUUUCAAACGUACUGCAACCCAAAAAAAAACUUACUCCCCGCACGUUUUUUAUUCUACUCACGGACACAGAAAGACGGGGAGAGAUUUGAUAACUUUCUCACAGACCUCAAGAUGCUAUCACGGGACUGCGAGUUCAAACAUCCCGACGAGCUACUGAGAGACAGAAUUGUUUUCGGAACAAAUGAUAAAAUUACUCAAGAAAAAAUCAUAAAAUCUGGAAGUGUUGAAUUGGAGGAAACAAUACAACAGUUCCGAACAGCUGAAAUAACCUCUACUCAGGCGAAGGAAGUGAUGCAACCAAUGCGGGACUCAACUUAUGCAAGUGUGGAUGAAACGAAGUUUCACAAAACUGUGGCCCCACCUUUCUCAAAACAGCCUAGUAGGCCCACACAAAGUACACCUGGUGAGGUACUGUGUAAGUGGUGUGGCUACCAUCAUAUUAAAGAUCCAGUGAACUGUCCGGCGAGAGGAAAAACAUGCUCUUUAUGCGGCCGCAGGAAUCAUUUUGCGAAGGUGUGUAAGUCACGUGGAGAACUCCACAUAGGAAAAUCUCAGAACUCAAAAUUAAAUGAGUUUAAAGAUCUGUACACUGGUAGGCAUAACAACACACAAGCUAAUCAACAAUGGGAGGAUUAUUACUGUAGCUUGGUUUUUGCACUCAAAGAAACCGACCAUAUUGCAACAAUUUGCUGGAAUGAAACAGGAUGUUUGGAAAAUGUAAUUGAUGUAACUUUCAAGCUGGACUCUGGUGCGUGUGCGAACAUACUGCCUCUGGAAACAUUUUCUCUUUUGAAACAACGUGCCCCAAAAACUGUGAUACUUAAGAAAGAAACUAGAUCAUUGACUGCAUAUAAUAACUCAGAAAUCAAGGUAGUGGGAUGCACUGAUAUCAACUUGACUAUAAAUGGGGUUUGCUUGCGAGAAACAUUCAUAGUAGUUGAUGAAAAAUCUGUACCUAUACUAGGUCUUCAAACAUGUGAGAAGAUGGGACUGCUACAUCGAAAUGUAAUCAGUGAAGUUGGAGACCAGUCAAAGGACAACAUAGUCACCCAGUAUGCAGACGUCUUCUCAGGUAUUGGUAAAUUUAAAAAUGACUAUUCACUUAAGUUUAAAGACAGCUGUGUUCCCUCAUCCAGUCCACCAACAAGGGUACCUUUGGUAAUAAAAGACAGACUUAAAACAGAACUAGAUAGGCUGUGUGAACUAGACAUCAUAGGAAAAUGUACAUCACCUACAGAAUGGGUCAACAGACUAGUGGUCGUAGAAAAACCAAAUGGCACCCUUAGACUUUGUCUCGAUCCACAAGACUUGAAUGAUGCCCUGAUUAAAGAGUAUUUUGAAAUACCUACAGUUAGAGAUGUGACAGCCAAAUUAAAGGAUGCUAGGUAUUUUAGUGUUUUUGACCUCAAAGAUUCCUUUUGGCAUAUACAGUUGGACCAGCAAAGCUCAACAUAUUGUGCAUUUUCAACCCCAUUUGGUUGUUAUUUUUUCAAGAGAUUGCCAUUCGGCAUAAAUAUCUCGGCAGAAGUGUUUCAAAAAUAUAACACACAACCUUUUGGAGACAUUGACGGUGUAAUAAUAUAUGUGGAUGACCUACUUAUCUAUGCCCCAGAUGAACAAACACAUGACAGAAUACUGACACAGGUAUUAGAUAGGGAAUGAAAAUGUAAUGUCAAGUUUAAUGUACAGAAAUUUCAGCACAAGGUACAAACUGUCAAAUAUGUAGGUCAUACAUUUAGUGGUGGCUGUGUUAGUCCUGACAAAGAUAAGGUUAAAGCACUAGUAAACUAUGAUAUUCCAAAAAAAAAGGCAAGAUCUUCAACGUUUUCUUGGUCUAGUCAAUUACCUGAGAGAUUUCAUCCCAAACCUUACAGAAAUCACGUCUCCAUUGAGAAGUCUGCUUAGAAAAGACACUGAGUUUGAGUGGAACAAACUUGUUCAUGGUAAAAGUAUUGAGACAUUAAAAACUGUUCUUGCAUCAGAACCUGUAUUACAAACUUUCGAUAAGAGCAAACCCAUAGUAAUUCAAACAGACAGUAGUAAAGUGGGCAUCGGGUGUGGUUUGUUGCAGGAACACAAGCUGGUAUGUUAUGCAUCGAAGACACUCUCCCAGACAGAAGUUAACUAUGGACAGAUUGACAAAGAGUUUCUAGCAGUCCUCUUUGCAUGUCGACACUUUCACCAGUACAUCUAUGGUCAUGAUUAGGGACCCGGGAAAUUCGCGACUCGCGAAUUCGCGAAAAUGGUUAAAACCAUUUAAAAUGUUGUUAAAAAUAUUAAAUACAUUAUAAAAAUGAUAUAGUAUGUUUUUUGAAUCGAGAAAUACUCGCGAAUUUGUUAACAUUCGGUAGUACCCAUGAAUUUCUGUAUGUAUUCAAGAUUAUCCGCGAAUUUUUCGGAUCCAUGUCAGAAAAAAAAAGUUUGUGCGAGCGCGAGACGGUUGUUUACUACUUAUCCGUCAACAAUAUCAGGUUGCAAUAGCCGGGUUGGCGGAAGUUGAGAAGGUUGGAAGGGUGGAAGGGGGGAAGGCAGCGGCAGAAGAUGAUCAGUGAGUGUGUGACAGUGUAAAAGGGGAGCAGGCGUAGUGCUAGCUCGGUCCAGUCAGGUUUGAAUAGUCGUAGGGUGGACACAUAUUCGAAACGUUCGUUUAUAUAUGCGGAUAUGCCGCCCAAAAUAAACAUUGACGAAAGAGUGAAACAGUUUCCCCAAGAUGGAAUGGUUAAAUCUCAAAAUAUUAUGAUAUGCCGUUUUUGCAAUAAAACAGUGGCGUGGGAAACUUCCGACGGUGUGAAGAAACACAUACGAAGUAAUGGUCACGCUGAAGCCGUCAAGAAAGGAAAACGGCAGAAAACGAUGUUUGAAGCUGUCGAAGGCGCCAAGGAAGCGAAGGUACGGUAGUGUUACACAAUAUAAUGCUGGCAUGCAUUCAUUAUCUUUCACCAUCAUUGGAAAUGUAUAUCACAGAACCAUUAACAAAUCCUUUUUAUUUUUUAUUGUUUUAUAUAAAAAAUUACGUCACUUCAGGAACACAAGUAGCUACAGAAAACUCUCGGUUAUCCGGGCCCCGGAAUAUCCGGUUUUUGGGUUAUCCGUGCAUGAAUUUAGAUUAAUUAAUAGUUAUUCUGAAGCUGUAAAAAAAAAAAUGACAUCGCUCCGACGCGACGUUCAUAUUUAUUUUCUUGGCCGUUUAAUAUUUUUAACCACUCUGUCUCUGUGUCAGAAAGCUUUUUGGUCUAACCUUUGUGUCGUCCUCCCUUUCAGAUGUCACAUUUGUUACUCUUUAAACCCGAGGGGGAUACCCUUACUUCUACUCCCCCACCCCCCUCCGUUGCCUCUUCUGUUUGUUUGUUUCAUGUGUUACUUUCCGCUCGGCCCAGCAACACGGCAGGCGCCUGGCGAG